CCUCCGCCAGCCACGCCCAUCCUAAGAUCAGCUGGGCUGCCUGAUAAUACGCCGAAGAGACCCAUUUCCUUGACCGCCGCCGACCCACCCAUGUCCCCCCUGGUCGCCGCCGCCUGCUGUUGCUGCCCUCGCCGCCGCCUGCCGCCACCUUCCCGGGCCAGUUCUCUCCAGAGGAAGGAACUGACCCUGCAGGACUUGCCGGAGGACGCCUUGCUGGACGUGCUCUCCAGGGUUCCCAAGAGGGACCUGAUCCACAGCUGCCGCCUGGUCUGCAAAUGGUGGCGUUACCUAGUGGACCUUCCCGUGGUCUGGAAGAGGAAAUGCGAGCGACUCGGCUUCCGUCUGGAGCAGCUAGAAGGCAGCCUUCCAGACUGGAGGGAGUUUUUCUUCAGCUUGAGCAAGAGGAAUCUCCUGAGGAAUGUUUGUGGAAGAGCGGGGCUGAGAUACUGGGAACUGUGUCCCGCGGACUGGAUGGCCGAUUGGAUGCCCGAGGAUCUCCCCAGAGGGUUCAAGAGGCAUUUCUCCAGGAUAUUUAAAAGAAAACGCAAAUCUCCUCUUCCAGACACCGUCUGGACGUGCUUCGUACCAACAUGGCACCAAGAUGGCGGCCUGAGGUUUUUUGUUAAGAAGAAACAACGGGUCACCUUGAAGGACAAAGGGAUCUCGAACUGGGUGAUGGAUGAAAUGAAGCCCCAAAUCACGGUGAAGGAUUGGUAUUUUAAUGUGGAUAAUUCCCAUUACCAGCUGACGGUGAACCUGCUCUCUGCCGAUUGCGAAGUCCUCCAAGAUUACUGCAAGAUGUUUGAAGUCCGAGAACAAGUGCCCACUGUGGAAGAAUGGAGGGAGGUUUCGUACACGUUUGAAAAUUAUCCGUCUGGAGUGCGCCAUGUGGAUUUUGAACAUAGAGUGGGCUGGCGAUCUGCAGUGAAAGUAACCAACAGUAGUAUUGCAGUUGAUUUAGUAUGAUGAGGGGGCAGCCUAGCCCAGGGCUCUUCAUUUAGCACUUUGGCAUUGUUUGAGAAGGGAGGAAUUUUCUCUGUUUUAUACGUUUUCUCUGAAACUGUGGGUUUACACUUGCACAGAUCAACCACAAAUGCUGCUGAUCAUUUUACGGGGUGAUGGCAAUAUUUUUAGAUCACAGGGAAGUGGGGGGGAGGUGGGGGAAGUAGUAAGUAGAACAGAUUUUGGAGUUAAUUUCCAUGUUAAAGUUUCCUGUUAAAGGUUCGGGCUAGAGAGCACAAAAGGCUCUUUUGCGUACACACAUUCUGUGACCAAAAACACACACUUCACAAGCAACGUUGGGAGAAGCGAGAGCAAAUAUGAAGCCAAGAACACAUGCGGGCAACAGGGAAAUUUGAUUCUUUUCUUUUUUUAUGUGUUAAAUGCCUCGAUUGCGACUUGCUAAUUAUUAGUACUCACU